ACUGGCAGGAACGUCGUUGCAGCGCCUCGCCCAGGGAGGCGCCGCCGCCGGGCUUCGAAGCUGCGCGCUGGAGCUGCUUUGCAGCCGGAUUCUGCGCGCGUUCCUCGGUAGCCCCUCGCGAGUUCGGCGGGGGCUCCAUUCUCACACAAGGAUCCGCUGACGAGGAGAAACAGCCGGGCGGUGGGCGACCAGUACCGCAGCCAUGGCGGCUACUGGGGGCCCCAUCCAGGCCCUUUGCGAUGAAGUGACCUGCCCCAUCUGCUUGGAGUAUUUCAAAGAUCCCGUGACCGUCACGGAGUGUGGGCACAAUUUCUGCAGAGGCUGCCUGGUCCGAGGCUGGGGGGAGACGGACACCGAGGCCUCCUGCCCUUGCUGUAGAGAAACAAUGACGCGAAGUAAAUUCAGCCAGAACUGGCAGCUGGCUAACGUUGUAGAAAUCGCCAAAACGCUCCACCUUCAGCAGGUGAAGCAGGGACUCUGCGGGAAACACCAGGAGCCCCUGAAGCUUUUCUGUCAAGACGAUCACAUCCUCAUCUGUGUGGUGUGUGACAGGUCCAAGGUGCACAAAUCUCAUGAGGUGAUUCCUAUAGAGGAAGCUUCUCAAGAGUACAAGAAUCGAAUUGCAAACUGCCUGACAGUUCUGAGGAUGGAAAGAAGUAACAUUCUGGAAUAUAAGGCAGACACAGAAAAAGAAAGCCAAAGCCUGCUUUGGGAAACAAAAGCAGAGAUGCAGAAAACACUGGUUGAGUUCAGACAACUGCGGCAGUUUCUGGAAGAACAAGAGAAACUUCUGCUGGCCCAAAUAGAAGAGUUGGAGAAGGAGAUUGCCAAGAAAAGGGAUGAGCACCUGCUCAAACUCUCCAAGGAGCUCUCCUCUCUUGAAAGCAUCAUCCUGGAAAUGGAGGAGAAGUAUCAGCAGCCACCAGCUGAACUCUUGCAGGAUGUUAGAAGCAGCUUGCAGAAGGGUGAGGAGAGAAAGAAGUUUGAAAAUCCUGUGGCUUUUCCUCUUGCAUUGAAGUGGAAGAUCUGGGACUCCUCUGAUAUAAAUCUUUUCCUGAAGGGUGUCAUGAAGCAGUUCCAAGAUGCUCUGCUUUAUGGACUUCAACUGCAGGAAGCAAACGUGACCCUGGAUCCAGGCACAGCCAAUCCCCACCUCUUCCUGUCCAAGGAUUAUCGAAGUGUGCAAGAGGAAAGCGAAGCUCAGCAUUUGCCUGACAAUCCCGAGAGAUUCAAUGAACGGUCCUUUGUGCUGGGAUGCAGAGAGUUCAUCGCAGGCCGGCAUUUCUGGGAUGUCUCCGUGGGAAGCGACGGGGAAUGGGCUGUGGGGGUUGCCCGGAAAUCUGUGCAGAGGAAAGACUAUGUUAACUUCAGUCCUGAGGGAGGGAUCUGGGCUGUGGGGAAGUGGGCCGGUGGGUUCUGGGGUCUCUGCUCCCUUUUUCGCCCUCCUCUGUCCCUAAGUGGGGAGUUGAAGAAGAUCCGGGUGUGCCUGAACAUGGGGGGUGGGCGGGUGGCCUUUUUUGAUGCCGACAGAGGAACGCUUCUCUUUGCCUACUUCCCAGUCUUAUUCACUGGAGAGACUCUUCAGCCAUUCUUUUGGCUUCACAAAGGAGCCUGGCUCAGUCUUUCUCCGUAAGGUGACCGGAUCUGCCUCACCAGUGCGGAUGGAUUUGUUCUGUGCCAUGGUAACUGAAAUAAAAAUCCAGAACUGAUUAGCCAGGAGCUCUUAAAAACCCCUAAGUGAGUUCCCUUUCAGAACUAGCAGAACUAAGUAAAAGGGACCCUGCUUCUUCCUUUCCAUUUCCAGAUCUCCCUCUUCCCACUGCAGCUUAGUUCUGCAAAGGACUAAGAACUCCUAUGCUUGCUGGCUAGAAGUGGGUUUUUUGUGGACUUAGGCUGGUACCCUAAUUGCACCUUACUGGGAUAAGGGAGGCUGCCCUGGAAACUUGUUGCUUGAUUCACUGCAAUUGGCUGUACUUGAGGCUGUUUUUGAAAAUGGUCCAAAAACUUCAGUUAGUUAGUCCAAAGCAGGAACUGGAUAGGAACACGUGUGUUUGUGGUGUAAAUAAAAAUGUCGUGGAGGAAAGCAGUGACUAUGCACAAGAAUAAAGUAAAAUCCGUGUUAGUCUAGCUGCCUCUUUGCUGACAGUUGCGGCUUGCAAAUAGACCAGUGCCAGAGUUUUAUAGGUCUCUGGCCGCUCAAAGGCAGCCAACUCUUAAUGGGCAUUUUGCAGCUUUAGAUGCUAUCCAACCGGGGUAGCUGUGGCAAACUGGUGGACCAAAAGAUGGAGCCACGCAUGGAUUUUGAAGAUAAAUUGCUUGCUGUGAUCCUGCAGCCCCUCCACGCAACCCAUCUUAAGGCAGUUUGAGGUUUGAAAAGAGGGCGGCAGCUGGGCUGGAAACCCCCUGGGCGCUUCUGCUUUGCCUCUUCUCACCCCUUUGUCCUUGCAUUCUGUAUUUUUCGCCUGUAAGCCUAUGGACAGGGCUCCAUCUUCUUCAACUGAUUGUAUGGGAUUCUGCUCUGGGAUCCUUUUGGCCGAGGUAUGGGAUGAAAGGCUUUCAAUAAAAUAAAUGUACCUGCAGAGUAAGUAGGCAGAGGAGCCAAGCAAAUGCUGGAAAAGCAAAAGCAGGCAGGAAAGAGGGAUUCUGUUACCCUCAAGGUAAACUGUCCCUUCCCUAGCCUUGCAGUUUAAAACUUUCAAGGACUCUUUAUCUGGUGGAAUUUACUUCUGAGUAAGCAUGCAAAGGGAUGGCAGUUUUGGGAGUGUAACCAUGAUCCCGGUGAAAUCAGUGGGGUUUUAAAUUCAACCCUAAACAAGUUUGCUCUGAGUCCCAAACCAUCUUGCCCAAACCUAGUUUGCUCGAGCCAAACCAUUUUGUGAUCCUUUAAGCCCACGGGGAAGAAGUGAAAGGAUAUCCAUACCCGUUGCAGUUUUUGAAAGUGUUUCUUUAGAACAAACGAAUCCCUGUUCCUCAAAAUGGCACACCAGAAACUUCUAUUAGGAAAGUCCCCAGACAAGAACAGUCUUGAUUUUAAUGCCUAGUGCUCCACGGCUUGAACUUGCUUGCAUCCAGGCAGUGCUGGCACUGGACAUUAAAAGGAAUUCCAAGUUCCCCAAUAAGCAGUGGAGAAUGCUCAGUGGGAUCUGCCCAAGAAGGGCUUUCUCCCUUUUGGGCACCACCUAGCAGUGUCUGUGGGUGUCAAACAACCUCCCAGAACUCCUCCAGGCUCUUGGACAGCAUAAACAGGAAACGGAUAAAUAACAUGUGACAGCAGCUUUCAAGGUCAAGUCCCAUGAGUCCAAGUGUUUUGAGACUUCCUUUAUAUGUGGCAAGUUUCAGAAGGGCAAGGAGGGGUACAAGAGGGGUGAGUGAGUGAGCUGAUUGGCGGGUGGCUGUGUGUGGGCAGAGCUUGGUGUGUGCUGGAGAGAGAAAUAGAUGCUAUUGGUCUGUCAUCAAUUCACAGUUGUGGCUAGUCAGCAGUUUGCCCGAUCCGGAGAGGCAGCCAUCUUAUUGGAAUCCCUGAUAGUGCUGGGGAUCCGUGAGGAAAGGGAGGCAGUGAAAUUCUUAAAGGGCAGAUUAGCAACCAGGGAGAGUCAAAACCUGUGUUGUCAAAUAUUACAAGAGUGUGUGAGAUAGACAAACGUGAGUGCAGGAGGGAAAGGAGAAUCUGAGAGAGGAGUGUUUGAAGGGAGAGUGCAGAAGUGGUUAUUAUACACUUUUACUCAAGUUGCUGAACAUCUUAAAAUCGGUGCGCUUCUUGUAUAAAUAAAGUUUCAUUUUGUUUAUUGUUAA